CAGCGCGCGCCGUUUCCUGAGUCGUCCCCUCGCGUGCGCCCCGCCCCAUUCUCCCGGAGGCAGCAUCCUCGGCUGUAGCGGCAGCCCCAGCAGCGACAGGAGCCCCAGCCCUCCCCUGACCCGGCAGCAGGUGCUUCACCAGCCGGCUCCACCCGCCGUCCUCCCCCUUUCCAAGCACCCAUCUCACCUUCCUUCUUUUGGCCAAGGUCCUCAGCCCCUUCAACCCUCACCCGCGCCCCAGCCUCUCCAGUCCCCUCCAAAUGCAGGCUGCUGUCACCCUCCCCGAGGACAUCCGUUGGCUCUUGGAAGAUGUGGAAGAAUACCUGGUAGAAGGUUUGCAGAAUGAGAAUCUUAGUACCAGUGCAUGGGAGAGCAGAGAUGCAAUUUUACGGGGCUUCCAGCAGAUCAAAGCCAGAUACCACUUGGAUUUCCAGCCACGAGGAGGUGAUGAACUUGAAAAUUACUUUGGGCAAGACAGCUCUGAAGACUAUCCCAGUGGGACCCAUGGGCCUAGCUUAGUUUCAGAUGCAUCUUUUAUGUCAGAUUAUCAAGAUGAAGCAGAAAUGGGAGACAUCAUUACAAAAGGGGCCCAGGAACUGGAAGACAUUAUAAAGCAGGGAUACUUGGAGAAGAAAUGCAGAGAUCAUGGUUUCUUUGGCUCCGAGUGGCAGAAGCGAUGGUGUGUUGUCAGUAAAGGGAUCUUCUACUACUACUCUAAUGAGAAAAGUAAGCAGCCCAAAGGGACCCUUUUCAUCAAGGACUACAACGUACAGAUGGCCCCCUACCUGCGACGAGACUCCAAGAGGGAGUCCUGCUUUGAGCUGACCUCGCCGGACAGACGCGGCUAUGAGUUUACAGCUAUUAAUCCAGCUGAAGCCAAAGACUGGGUGGACCAAAUAAGUUUCUUGCUGAAGGAUUUAAAUUCCUUCACCAUCCCUUAUGAAGAAGAGGAAGAGGAGACGUAUGAUGAUAUUGAGGGCUUUGACUCCUCAAAUCCCAAACAACACAGCAAACCUGUUCUCUUUCCUGGAAAUGUGGGAGAGAAAGAUACUGAGGUGGAGGAGGACCAGGAGAAGGAACAAGAAGAGGAAGAAGAUAUAUAUGAAGUCCUGCCAGAUGAAGAGCUUGCUCUGGCCGAAGACAGCAGUGGAAGUCAGCCAAAAAGAGAAAACUAUGCUAAUUAUUACCAGGGGCUAUGGGACUGUAAUAGUGACCAUCCAGAUGAGCUGACUUUCCAGCGAGGUGAUAUCAUCCGAAUCCUGAGCAAGGAGUAUAACAUGUAUGGCUGGUGGGUCGGAGAACUGAAUAACUUCAUCGGGAUUGUUCCAAAGGAUUAUCUCACAGCUGCCUUUGAACUGGAAUAAAGAUGAAGCCUGCCAGCACCUGGCACCUCCAGACAAGCAGUGAGGGUGGAAGCAGCAUCAAGUAAAUUAUACCUAAGCAGGUAUAUGCAGAGACCUGGGAGAAGAGCUGGAGGGCCAAGCUUUUAGGAAGACACCCUCUCACCAGUGGUUAACCUGCGCAAUGCAUUCCCCUGCCCGAUGAGAAAGGGCUGCUGGGCACAGCUCUCAGUCAUUAUUUCCACGCUGAUAAAUUCAUGAUUUAUUAAAGUAACUUAGCACCA